AUUUUGAAAUAAAGUCAAACAUAUUAUUAAGCACCAAAUUAAUGUACGUUUGUUACUUCAAAGGCAGUUAGGCACAACACAAGUCAAACAACUCAAUUUUUCCAUCACUUCUGCUUCCUUAUAUUGAGCCACAAUUGUACCUGAUAUGACACAUUCCUCAGUUUCUUUCUACAUUUCUUUCACUUUUUUUCUCCUUCAUUCAGAUAAAAGACAUAAUAAUAUAUUGAUUCAUGAUGUGUUUUUUUAAACAACUUACAAUGCUUCUAUUUUAUUUUCUUGUCCUUGUUCAUUCUAGAGUUCAUGAUGAGGAAAAUAUUGGUCUUAUGAAUGAUAAAAAUUCACUUGUUUCAUUCAUGUCAUACAUUAUUUCGGACCCCGAAAACGCGCUAAAGAGUUGGAAAUUAACUGUUGUUCAUGUUUGUGAUUGGUCAGGUGUUAAAUGCAACAAUGAAAGUAAUAAUAAGAGGAUCAUAGAGCUUGAUCUUAGUGGAAAAUCACUAGGAGGAACUAUUUCCCCUGCUCUUGCUAACCUCUCUUUGUUGCAAAUUCUUGACCUUUCUGGGAAUCUUUUGGUGGGUCACAUUCCAAGAGAAUUAGGCUAUUUAGUUCACCUUGAACAACUUAGUUUAUCUUGGAAUUUACUUCAAGGAGACAUUCCUUUAGAAUUUGGUUCACUUCACAACUUGUACUACCUUGACUUGGGAAGCAAUCAACUUGAGGGAGAGAUUCCUCCACCCCUUUUAUGCAAUGUUACUUCAUUGAGUUAUAUAGACCUCUCUAAUAAUUCAUUAGGUGGAAAAAUCCCAUUAAACAAUAAGUGUAUCAUUAAGGAGCUUAAGUUCUUCUUGCUUUGGUCUAACAAACUUGUAGGACAAGUUCCUUUGGCUCUUUCAAAUUCUACUAAGCUUAAAUGGCUUGAUUUGGAGUCAAAUAUGUUGAGUGGAGAACUUCCAUCUAAGAUUAUAUGUAAUUUUCCACAAUUACAAUUCCUUUACUUAUCGUAUAACAAUUUUGUUAGCCAUGAUGGUAACACUAACCUCGAACCUUUCUUUGCUUCUUUGAUGAAUUCAUCAAACUUUCAAGAACUUGAAUUGGCCGGAAACAGUCUCGGUGGGAGGCUGCCUCAUAUUAUUGGUAAUCUUCCUUCAAGCUUGCAACACCUUCACCUUGAAGAAAAUCUCAUACAUGGCUCUAUUCCACCUCACAUUGCCAACCUUGCCAACUUAACUUUCUUAAAGUUGUCUAGUAACCGAAUAAACGGAACAAUACCUCACAGCCUAUGCAAGAUUAAUAGGCUAGAGAGAAUGUAUUUGUCAAAGAAUUAUCUAUCUGGUGAGAUUCCUUCAACUCUUGGCGACAUCCAACAUCUUGGACUACUUGAUUUGUCAAAAAACAAGCUUUCUGGUUCGAUACCGGAUAGUUUCGCAAAACUCGCUCAGUUAAGAAGGCUUUUACUUCAUGAAAACCACCUUUCUGGGACAAUCCCACCAACUCUAGGAAAAUGUGUCAACUUGGAGAUUCUAGACUUGUCUCACAACAAGAUCACAGGGAUGAUUCCUUCAGAAGUUGCAGCAUUGACUAGCUUGAAACUAUACUUGAAUUUAUCAAACAAUGAGUUACAAGGGAUUUUACCAUUAGAACUAAGCAAAAUGGAUAUGGUGCUUGCUAUUGACGUAUCUAUGAAUAAUUUCUCUGGUGGAAUUCCACCACAACUUGAAAAUUGCAUAGCAUUAGAAUAUCUCAAUCUUUCUGGUAAUUUCUUUGAAGGUCCUCUCCCUUAUACAUUAGGCCAACUGCCUUAUAUUCAAUCACUUGAUAUAUCUUCAAACCAAUUGAAUGGAACAAUACCAGAGUCACUCCAGUUAUGUUCCUAUCUCAAAGCACUUAACUUCUCUUUCAACAAAUUCUCAGGAAAUGUCUCAAACAAAGGAGCGUUUUCAUCUUUAACCAUAGAUUCUUUCCUAGGAAACAAUAAUCUAUGUGGUCCAUUUAAAGGCAUGCAACAAUGUCAUAGGAAAAAAAGUUAUCAUUUGGUGUUUUUGCUAGUUCCUGUGUUACUAUUUGGCACACCUGUGAUAUGCAUGUGUAGGGACUCCAUAAUAAUCAAGUCAAAAGUGAAGAAGAAACUUCAAGCCGUUAGUAACAGAUGUGACUUGGAGGAUGAAGAAGUGGAAACAAAAGAGAUCAAGCAUCCAAGAAUUUCAUAUAGACAACUUAGAGAAGCCACUGGAGGGUUCAAUGCUUCAAGCCUUAUCGGUUCAGGUCAGUUUGGACGAGUUUACAAAGGUGUCCUCCUAGAUAAUACAAGAGUAGCAGUGAAAGUAUUAGAUGCAACAAAAGAUAAUGAGAUAUCAUGGAGCUUUAGAAGGGAAUGCCAAAUCCUUAAAAAGAUAAGGCACAGAAAUUUAAUAAGGAUCAUUACAAUUUGCAACAAACAAGAAUUUAAGGCUAUUGUUCUUCCACUGAUGUCAAAUGGUAGUCUUGAGAGGAACCUAUAUGAUCCAAACCAUGAGUUAAGUCAUAGGUUAGAUGUGAUUCAAUUAGUGAGGAUUUGUAGUGAUGUAGCUGAGGGAAUGUGUUAUCUGCACCAUUAUUCUCCUGUGAAAGUUGUGCAUUGUGAUCUUAAGCCUAGCAAUAUACUACUUGAUGAUGACUUUACAGCUUUGGUCUCUGAUUUUGGAAUUUCAAGGCUUCUAAAAGGUGAUGCCAAUACUUCUACAUGUAACUCAACAUCUUUCAGUUCAACUCAUGGCUUGUUGUGUGGCUCUGUUGGUUAUAUAGCUCCUGAAUAUGGAAUGGGAAAACAAGCUUCAACUGAGGGUGAUGUUUACAGUUUUGGAGUGAUUCUGUUAGAAAUAGUGACAGGUAAACGCCCUACCGAUGUCCUUGUCCAUGAAGGCUCUAGCUUACAUGAAUGGGUUAAGAGACAAUACAUACAGCCACACAAACUUGAAAACAUUGUUGAACAAGCACUUCGAAGGUUCUCUCUUUCUUGUGUGCUAAGGCAUGGUAGUAAAAUUUGGGAAGAUGUUGUUUUGGAAUUCAUUGAGCUAGGGCUACUCUGCACACAACAAAACCCUUCAACAAGACCAACCAUGCUAGAUGUAGCACAAGAGAUGGGGAGGUUGAAGGAUUACCUCAAUAAUUCUUUCAUAAGAGAAGAUAAUUCAAUUGAAAAGUAAAAAAAAAAGUUAUCAAGAGUUUAAUUUUCAUCUAUUGUAAAUGUGAAGCUUUGUACACAUUCCAUUGUCAAUUUAUAAAUUUUAAAUAUCUGCUCAAGUGUUAGUUACUUAUUAUCAUAUUCGAAUAGCUUCGAAGGUGUAGCUCAGUGGUAUGAGUUCAGACGCCGAAGGAGGGUCCAAAUGUGGCUGCAUGCAUCACACUGCACAUAAUCUAAAUCCAUAAAGGAGGGGUUCAAAAAGAUCGUGUUAAGCUAUCUUUCCAACAUUCCAUUAGUUCACUCCCCAUCACAAUCUUGUACAAGUUACUCCUUCCGUCUCAAAUUAGGUGUCCUCUUUCCUAAUUUUAUUUGUGAGACGGAGGGAGUAAUAAACUAAUAAGCAUGCUUCUUGUAAAUUGAUAAGAUGUGUUGAGCUAUCUUUCCAACAUUCCAUUGAUCUAUGACA